UUCUGGUUGCCUCUGGAUCCACUAGGCUCCCUUUACUUUUCCCGAGCCUCCCCCGAGCGCUCCCCACUCCCUCGAUCCCCACUGGGGGUGGAGGAGAUGUUGCUGCACUUUGAAGCAGCUUCCCUGCACGCGGCCACACCGUGGGCAGGAGGUGGCACCGUCGGCUCGGUUUAAUCAUCAAUUUAUUUCCUGCCGGGAAGCCCUUUCUGCCCUGGCCUGGCCUCAGUCCCUCCCGCUCGAGCUGGCCCUGCUGCAGGAUGGCUGCGGACAACUCUACCGGCGGUCCCCACGCCCCCGGGCCGCAGCUGAGCGUGGUCGACAUCACCAUCAUAACCGUGUAUUUUGCCCUGAACGUGGCCGUGGGCAUAUGGUCCUCGUGCCGGGCCAGCAGGAACACAGUGAGCGGCUACUUCCUGGCGGGCCGGGACAUGACGUGGGGGCCGAUGGGAGCCUCCCUCUUUGCCAGCAGCGAGGGCUCGGGCCUCUUCAUCGGACUGGCGGGUUCGGGUGCAGCUGGAGGCCUGGCGGUGGCAGGCUUCGAGUGGCAUGCCACGUACGUGCUGCUGGCCCUGGCGUGGGUGUUCGUGCCCAUCUACAUCUCUUCGGAGAUUGUCACCAUGCCUGAAUACAUCCAGAAGCGCUAUGGAGGCCAACGGAUACGCAUGUACCUGUCUGUCCUGUCGCUGCUGCUGUCUGUCUUCACCAAGAUAUCGAUCGACCUGUACGCGGGGGCCCUCUUCGUGCACAUCUGCCUGGGCUGGAACUUCUACCUGUCCACCAUCCUCAUGCUCGCCGUCACGGCUCUGUACACCAUCGCAGGGGGCCUGGCCGCUGUGAUCUACACAGACACCCUGCAAACGCUCAUCAUGGUGGUGGGAGCCGUGAUCCUGACGGUCAAAGCGUUCGAGCAGAUCGGCGGGUAUGAUCAGCUGGCAUCAGCCUACGCCCGGGCCGUCCCAUCCAGGAUCAUCUCCAACACCACCUGCCACGUGCCGCGGGCAGACGCCAUGCACAUGUUCCGAGACCCCUCCACGGGGGACCUCCCGUGGACCGGGAUGACCUUCGGCCUGACCGUCAUGGCCACCUGGUACUGGUGCACCGACCAGGGUGUCUCUGGAGGUCAGGGCGGCCAGGGAGCACCUGCGCGGUGA